AUCUGAGGCAGGGAGGAUCUUCCUUCCCUGCUGGGGAGUGCUUUGCCUAUCUUGAGCCUGGGACUGGAGGGCUCUAGAGGCUUUAACAAGGGCACCUGCUCUCCUGAGCACAGGGACUGCCUUGCUGCUCUGGGAAAGCCUGAGGCAGGUAGAGAUGAGAAGUCUGAUUGCUGAGCUGUGAGCUUUGUGUUUCAUUCUGACCAAUAGAAAACCCCGUGGCUCCUCCUGCUUUCACUUCCUGGAGGGAGGGUGAUUAAAGAUACAGGCAGUUCUGGGAUUUUUCAGUCUGGCGAACAGGGCUGAAGUGGGAUCCAUCUGUGCAGUGCUGUAAUGCAUCAAAGGACAAAGAACUCAGGUGGGCUUAGAGGUGAGCACACAGCCAGGACUGCGGUUAGAACUCUUCCAAGUGCUAAAGCCCACCUGUGAAGGCAUCUGCUGGCCAGGACUUGCUGCAGACAGAGGGUCUUUCUCAGGUGACACUAGCCUCCCUCACCAAGGGGCUGACUGCUGGCAUGGGCACUGGACUUCAGGGAACUGAGCAAGAAAACCACACAACUCACAGGAAUGACAUUCAUCUGGAAAAUGCAAAGGCUGCUGGGAAAAUGGGCAUCAGUGUUGAUCUGGAAGCCAAAUAUGCUAAGCUGGGUCUAAAUCUAGGAGCACUCACACUUGGACAGAAAGAUAGACAGAAAAUGAAGAACCCUCACCUCAGGAAAAAGGAGAACGAAAACAUCUCUGUAGCUGCAUGUGCUCUCCUGAAUUCAGGAGGUGGAGCAAUCAAGGUGAAAAUUGAAAACGAAAACUAUAGUCUCACUAGAGAUGGCCUGGGAGCUGAUUUGGAAGCCUCUCUUUGUAAAUGUCUGUCGCCCGUCCAGGGCCACCUGGAUUUCACAGAGAGCGAAGGCUACAUUUAUAUCCACGUGAAAUUGUGGAGUCAGGAAAUCUGUGGACCGCCUAUUGGCACCCUGAGAACCAAUUUGUAUGUAAGGUGCAUGUCGUCCUCCAUCCAAGUGAGCGCCGAUGCUGCUCUAGAAUUUCUGCAGGACCUGGAAGAAACUGGAGGGAGACCCCGUGUCAGACCGGAGUUGCCUGCAAGCGUUGCCUGCCCUGAUGUAGAGGAAGAAUGCCACCUGGAGGAUUUGGCAGCUGCAGUUUUCAACAAGACAGAAUUUCAGUAUGAGGAAACUUUCCACUUUACCAGAUCCGCAUAUGUUGAAGUUAUAUCGCUUUCAGCAAAACACCUACGAAAACGUGUCAAAGAGCUCCUCCCUCGAACUGUGUCUGCUUUCGCAAACACGGAUGGAGGAUAUUUGUUCAUUGGUUUGGACAGCAAAACCCAGCAAAUUAUUGGUUUUAAAGCAGAGAAGAGCGACCUUGUGUGUCUAGAGAGUGAAAUAGAAAAGUGCAUCCGACAGCUGCCUGUCAUCCACUUCUGUGAAGAGAAGGAGAAGAUCAAGUACACCUGCAAAUUCAUUGAAGUACAUAAAUCUGGAGCCGUGUGUUCAUAUGUGUGUGCGCUCAGAGUGCAGAGAUUCUGCUGUGCAGUGUUCGCUGCAGAACCUGAAUCCUGGCAUGUGGAAGACAGCUGUGUGAAGAGGUUUACCACAGAGGAAUGGGUGAAGCGCCAAAUAUGGGUGACUUCUGCCCAUAUUUGAGGACCCUGUGGAAAAGCACCCCAAAUAUUCCCUUCCCUCCCCACUCACACUUAGGUAUUGAUGUUUUGUUGCAGUGAUCUAACCCUAUGUGUGACCCCUGCUCUGUGUAAUGUCUGUGUGAAUAAAGUCUUACUGCAGCCCA